AUGGCGGGGGCCAAGGGCUGCUACGAAGGGAAGAUAGCCGGCCUGUAUGACCUGGAGCGCACGCUGGGCAAAGGCCACUUCGCCGUGGUCAAGCUGGCGCGGCACGUCUUCACGGGGGAGAAGGUGGCGGUGAAGGUGAUCGACAAGAGCAAGCUGGACGUGAGCGCUGCGGGGCAGCUGCUGCAGGAGGUGCGCUGCAUGAAGCUGGUGCAGCAUCCCAACGUUGUGCGGCUCUACGAGGUCAUCGACACCCACUCCAAGCUCUACCUCAUCCUGGAGCUGGGGGACGGCGGCGACAUGUUCGACCACAUCAUGCGGCACGACGGCGGGCUGGCCGAGGGGCGCGCCAAGCACUACUUCGCCCAGAUCGUCCACGCCAUCUCCUACUGCCACAAGCUGCACGUGGUGCACCGCGACCUCAAGCCCGAGAACGUGGUCUUCUUCCGGGAGCAGGGCGUGGUCAAGCUCACUGACUUCGGCUUCAGCAACCGCUUCCAGCCCGGCAAGAUGCUCACCACGAGCUGCGGCUCGCUGGCCUACUCAGCACCCGAGAUCCUGCUGGGGGAUGAGUACGACGCCCCAGCCGUAGACGUCUGGAGCCUGGGUGUCAUCCUGUAUAUGCUGGUGUGCGGCCAGCCGCCCUUCCAGGAGGCCAACGACAGCGAGACGCUGACCAUGAUCAUGGACUGCCGCUACACCAUCCCGCCCCACGUGUCCUCGCAGUGUUCUGAUCUGGUCGGCAGGAUGCUGCAGCGGGACCCCAAGCAGCGGGCCUCCCUAGAGCAGAUUGAGACGCACCCCUGGCUGCAGGGCGUGGACCCCUCCCCAGCCAGCCGCUGCCUGCUGCCCCUGACGUCGCACAAGCGGGUGUCCCAGGAGGAACAUGACAUCAUCAUCCAGGCCAUGACGUGUGGGAACAUAGCGGACCAGGACGCCAUCCAGGAGGCCCUGGAGGCUGAUCGCUACAACCACAUCACGGCCACGUACUUCCUGCUGGCGGAGCGGAUCCUCCGGGAGAAGCAGGAGAAGCAAAGCCACAAGCUCAGCUUGGUCUAUAACCUGGCCCAGCAGGUGCAGAACAGUGCCAACCUGUCGGACCCAUUCAGCACCAUGGGCGACACCCGGGACCUCUCGCCCUUCGCAGAGAUGCCAGAUAGACUGGCAGCUUUCUCCAGCCCCCAGCCCUGGGCUGCCACAGAGGAUUCUGGGAAAAGAGAUGGCAGACCCAUUUCCUUUUCUGCCCUCGGGGAAGACGACGCGCCCCCCGGCCUCCAUGGAAAUGAGCAGCUGGUCCGAGCCCUGCUCAGUCCCGCCCUGGCGGACGCCCCCAUGGCCAAGAGCACCCCAGCCCUGCAGCAGAUCUGCGAGGAGGAGGAGGAGGACGAGGAGGAGGAGGGGAAGGCCAGCGCAAUGGGACGGAGAAGCUCUUCGCUAAACCAAGAGCAAAUGCGAGAUUUCCAGAGCUCCAAGGUCUCCCUAUUGUUCUGCCGUGGCGCUGUGACCCACAGCAAGGGGGAGAAGAGCCUUGGAGCCACCAAGCCAGGCCUCUUGGAGCAGGGCCCGGGGAGCAGCUGGCAGCUGCUGCCUCUCAGGGGGGCGCCGAGUCCCAGGAGCGAGCCGGGUCAGCCCCGAGAGGCGACAAGCCACGGUGCAGCGCAGGAGGCCACAGACCACCUCAGCGUGAGCGUUGGGGAGAGCGCCCCCAGCCCCCUCCCUGCAGGGACGCCGGCGGCACAGGGGGACGCAGAGCUCCAGGAGGGCGGGGGAGCGGGUCUGGAGAGGUGCCAGGCUGAAGGCAGCUCGGGGCCAGAGGAGGACACCACCACCACAGAAAUGGAGGAUGGGGGCAGCCUGGGGCAAGUGGGCAAGGCCCUGUAUCCAGGGAGCGGCGAGGGCCCCGUCGCUGGCUCUGCCGGGAGCCUCCAAGCCCCUUCACGUGGGACGCCAGUUCCAGAAGACAAGUCCAGGAAACGUGACAGGCCCCCUGAGACAGGCUCCUCCCCCAGGCCUGCGCGCCCAGCUGAGAGCCCUCACUGCGGCAGCACCGCCGGCGGCGAAACCACGGCCGACAACGUGAUCAAGUUAGACCCUGCUAAAAACAAGAGCACCCACCUGAAGGACAGGCUCCUGCAGUUCCCGCUGUGCGAGAAGGCUCUGGCCUUCAAGAUCAGGCCCAGCUCCAAGGAGAGCCUGCUGUCCCUGGGGCAGUUCAACUGCUGCCACGUCAUCUAG